AUGGCGUCUUCUCAGGAACCAAAUAUCGAAGUGAUCACCGCAAGGUAUCGUGCCGCUUGGCCUGAACUCCGCCGCCUUCCACUCAAACUCUCUGGGAAUGGCCCACUGGCCUCUUUCAUCAAGCCACAUGUAGAGGAAAUCAAGAAGGGAGCUAUGGAAAUCGUCAAAGACUGCCUGCCUGACCUUGAAGACGAAGACACCGACAAUGAAAUCAACCUUCGGCUUGUCAAUCAAUACAGGAUGGGGGCUUCCAACACAAGUGUCCCGACGCUCAUCAUCUCAGCGCCAUGGUCUAAGGAGAAGCAAACCAUGUGGAAGAAGGCCGUCCACGAUAUUGCGGUGUGGUUGCACAAGCUCUCCAUAGACCUUAAGUUUGAGCAUGGCCAAAUCCACAUCGAAAUGAUCGCGCCUCAGCUCACUGAAACAGUUCACAUCGGAAUAGUACGCGAUGACGCUUAUACAGCCGACUCCUGGGACCACGUUAGAGCGCUUGUGCACGAACGACUUGAGAACUUCGAAGCGACAAAGGGACACAUGACAAGCAUGUCUCUGUUCCGGUAUGGCCUCUUGAAGGAGACCGACGCGAACCCAGUCACCGUAUUCAUUUCGGUUGACUAUGAGUCUGAUGAGACACAAUGGCUUGGGAUCAUUACCGAUAUCGAACGCAACAUACACAGUUAUGGAUGGACAGAUGUCCAGGUUCAUAUGGAACACAACAUCGGCUGGGCAGAUUCGGACCUAUACGAUUAA